AUGGAAAGUCCACAGCCCCCUGCUCCAUUCAUACCCCCGUUCUUGAAGACGACUGGCGUACAUGACGAAGGUGCAUUCCAGCCCGACUUUUGUGAUACCCCCCGCGACACCAAGCCAAACGCCAGACCAUUCACCGCGUCGUCGUCGAGUGACACGUUGUUUGUUUGCGUUCACUAUGCCCACCACCUGGAAGCUCUCGCGGCAGCCCCCCCGACAGCAUUCAUUGUGUGCCGCGUUGGCCGUGUCCUGGAAACAUCCAACAUGAGCGAGUUCUGGGCCAGUCCCCACGGUGAAAAGCACGCGUAUUCCAUGGCGUACACGCAUUUCGCGAGCACCCGAGUCGUUGACUGUAGCUUUAAUCCAGUCUUCAACGAGUUGCUCGUGGUCAGCAUCCCUCCACGAGCAAUGCAGGAAAAGGACGGAGGAUGGGGCAUUCGACUCGACCUUGUCCAGCGACCAUCCGCAACCCCUGGUGAGGACACGCUCGCGGCGUUUGCGGCGUUGCCGCUUGAAGCAGUUCGCCCGGACACCGAAGUGUCCAUGACUGUUGAGUUUCCACACCAACAACAGACCUGUCCCGACCAAGCGCAGAUAUUCGUGACGCUCUUUCGACAGCGACGGGAUGCGACCAUGUCUCCACAGUGGAAUCGGCUGGAAUUGACCGUCGACGCUGUGCCUGCCAUCCAUUCUAGUUUCAAGCCCGAGCAAACGAUUGCAGUCGUCCAAUUGCUCCCCACGUCCACGAAAACGAUCCCUCUCUUGGUGGAAUCGCCACUCCCGUUUCUGACCGUUCGAUGCCACACCGACCUCGUCCAAGCGUACGAAAGCACGAAUCACUACAGGGUUACCCCCGGCGGAUACGUUGACGACAGCAUGUUUGCAUGGCGGUACCCGACCCUCUUUGACUUUUCAAGUGCCCCAACAGCGUUUUGUUUUCAUAUUUCGCUCUAUGCCCCCAAAGCAACCCCCUCUUACGUGUGCGUGGGGAGCAGUUCUGUCACAACGUUUGCCGUCCCGACGCGGCAAGGGUCCAAAGUGCCCUGGCCAUCCAUCUUGAUACGAAUGUCCGAUGCGCCAUGGGAAGUGCCAUUGCACGGCAUGCUUCGUUGGUGGGAAGGUGCGUCAUGGCACGAUUUCCGCAAAGAGCGCGUCGUUUGUACGAAUCGCCUGCACGCGAACAACCACACACGACCGGUCCCGCAAUGGAUGGCUGCAAUCGCUCGAGGGUUAAAUCGGCAUCCGAUUUCGACCGUGGUCGACACGGGCGGAAUAGUUGGGGUCAUUGCAGCCAUGUAUCACUCGCGGGACGUCGACGGCCAAGACUCCGCUUCAACACUGCCGCUGGCGGCAAACGACGAGCCUGUGAAGACUCUGGACGCCAAAUGGCACGCGCAGCUACAACGCCUCGUUGAAGACAUUGCGUCCAAGCAAGCGUUCAUCGACAAGAUGCAGAAAGAAAUGGACAAGCGAACGACCGCCAUCAAAUCGUGUGGGGUCGAAAUCGUGGACCUCCGGAAGCACCUCCAAAAGAAAGAUCAGCUCAUUCAAUCGUUGCAAGUCAAACUGCACAAUUACGAAGCACUGGAGCAGCGGCAGCAAGAGGAAAUUCGAAUCUGUCUCGACGGGAAUGGGGCGAGCGCGACCAGUUUCCCCGUUCUCGCGCAGCACCACACGAAACUACAGAGCAAGCACAACGCCCUGGAGGCGUCUCACGCCGAGCUUUCCAAGAAGCUGCUGGAAGCGAGAAAUUUUGAAGCCGAGCUGAUCGAAGCCAAGAUGCAGUACAAAACCCUGGAGGCGGCUCAUUUGGCUCAAGCCAACUUUAUCCAAAAGGCCAACGCGGAAAUGCAAAAGCUCACCGUGUACAAGCAAACCAUCGCGACGCAGGAAACGGUGAUUGCCAAGCUCGAAAAGCUCGUCGAGUCAAAGCUGGCCGAGGCCAAGGCUAGCGCCGUUGGGCCGAAUGUUCACGCGGAAAUCUUCCGGCUGCGGCUCGAAAACUCAUACCUUAAGGAGCAACUCACGUACGUGUCUGCGACUGAGCUGCACGCAUCAAACUCACGCAGCAUCACAAGACUCCGGGCAGCGACGGCCCUUCAAGACGAUUCGCACCCUCCACACAAAGGCCGAAUCGAGCCUCUUGUCCCGCCCUUGUCCACAUCCACGACCAAGCCGUCCAUGUCGUCCAGAGCAUUGCAGCCGCUUCCAAUCAACCCCCGUCGCACGACGUCUCCCGAGGAGACCGACCGCGACAUGGUGGCCCCGCGACGUCAUCAGCCACCGAAUCAAUCAACUCAUGACACCCAGACAACGUCCCGGUUCGUCGUGCACAAGCCAGACAACAAACCAGCGCUAGACGUCAGCACCAACACGGACGCCGUGGCGGUUCCUUCUCCUGACGAAGACAAGAGCUACAACGAAGACGUCCUGUGGGUGAAAAUCCGGGUCCUCGAAGAUCAGUUGCGCGUCAACACGACGGCGGCGGCGCAGGAGAUUGCAACGUUGAAAGCACGUGUGUUUGAGUUGGAAGUGGAGGCCGACGCGUCGCGGUGA